GUUUGGGUAAUGUGUGCACUAGAAUCUUUUUAUUUUACUAUUUAUUUCGGAGAAAUACUAUUUAUUUCUUUAGCUUUUGCGCUUUUAAAUUCAAGUAAAUUUCAUUUUUAAUCAAAAGGCUGGCACUUUUUCAAGUCUUAAUGAUUUUCCACGGGAGCGUUCAUCCGAAUUCUGCAUGGAGCUGAUAUACUUAACUUAUUCAACUUAUUUAUUAUGAAACAAAUACUUUUCCUCUAUAUAAUCACUGCUUUGAAAUACCCAAUUUAUGAUUACAAAUGGCAACUGUCUCGAAUAAAUGAAUAUUAUAAAAAGGAUAACAUUCUUUUAGAGAAAUUUUCAUUGCAGAUACCAUCAAAAUGUGAACAUUUUGCAAAUCAAAUCACAUUUAGUGAAGAUUUUAAACAUUCUAUCAAUUCAUUUUUUGGUGUAAAAGAUAUUUACUAUGGCAACUUUAAGGAUUCUAUAAACAGAAUAAUUCCAGUUGUAAUCAAAUAUUUUGGAAAUGAUAAUAUUAACAAAAUAAUUUUGGAGAAUAACGAAUCUUUUCAUAUCAAUCACAAUCAAUCAAAUGAAGUGGAAAUUAUUGAAAAUUUAAAAAAAAUGUUUUUAAAACAAUCUCAUUUGGAAGGAACUAAAUUUUGUUCUGAAUCUAAAGGAAUCGAUAGAUUUAUAGAUCUAUGGAAUCACAAUAAAUCAAAAUUACUCAAAAUAAUAUAUUUAAAUAAUAAUAUACAAUUAUUAUUACUACCAAUAUUACAAUUAGCAAAUGAAAAAGAAAUUUCAUCUUCUAAUAAUCAAAGAAAAUAUCAAAUACCAAAAGUUUAUGAAAUUUGUGGUAAUACAAUGUAUCAAUCAUACGAUGGUCAAUUAUUAUUAAAUUAUUUUAAUUCAUCAUUUGAAUUAAAAUUAAAAAUAACCAAACAAUUAAUUAUUGGAAUGGAACAGUUUACUGAAGGUAUCAGUGGAUUUCGUAUAUAUUUAACAGAUUUUAAUGCUGAUAAUGUAGUUUUCAAUGAAGAAACAGAAGAAAUUUCAUUUAUUGAUUUGGAUAAUGUAAUUAUUGUUGAUUCAACGAAAAUACUUGAAGUAAAAUCACAUACUCACGAAUUUAUUGAAUGUUUGGGCUGCUUUGCUUAUAUUCCGGAAGAAAUAUGUUCAGCAUAUAUAAGUGAUUUGAAUUAUUUUGCAAUUUGUCAAUUCUUAAGAGAGGAUUUAUAUAAAAAUGUUAAAAAUGGUUUUUUAUAUCCAAUUCCAAAGAAAUACCAUAGGAAACUUAUGUAUUUACUAGACACCUGUUUCAAUUAUUCAUCUAUGUUAAAGCAAAAAUAUGCUAGCCGGUAUGCAAUUAUGAAAGAAUUAUUAAAUGAAAUUGAUAAUAUAAUAAUGUGAUAUACUUACAUAUAUAUAAAUAUUUGAUAUAUAACGUAAAUAAAUGUAAUCUCAAAACAAAAACAAAUAUGAUAUAAAUUUCAAAAGUACAUAUAUUGAAUCAAUUUAAAAGAUAACUUUUAGCAA